AUGGUCCUGCGUUGGAGGGCCCAGCCCGGAUCAAUACGGAGCCGUAGAGGAGCUGCCCAAUGCGCCACUAUGCCGUUCUGUGUCAGCAGCAACAUCAAAGAGAACUUCUUUGAAGGUAAGUCCUCUAUCCGAAGUUGUCACCACCGUAAUGUCUUAUCUCUAGUCGCUAUUGCACAACCUCUAGCGGGCGAUACCAACCCCUCCUGCAUCUCCUCUGUCAUCUACAGCUGUGUCAAUGCUGCACUACGAUGA